AUGUCGAACCGCUCGGAUAUCCCCUUCGUUGAACAAAUGGGAGAGUACUACGAAGGAAUGCCAGCCGAUUGGCCUAUGAUGCCAGCGACCCCGUACGUGGGAUGCUACAGCCCUGACUUCGCCGAGCCCCUAGCCGAACCCGGCAUGCUGAUGCCACUGGGUGUUCUGGGGAGCUCGUUCCACCCCGGCCCAGAAUUCGGUUACCACUCUCAGGGCUACUACGCAGAUGCGCACCAGCACAUCAUCAACGACCCCCUCUCUGCCACAGUGGGUCUUGGUAUCUCUGCGCCCUUCCCAGAUAAUUUCCCCCGGUCUUUAGCCCCCAGUCCCGACGUGUACGCUCCGGGCCCAAGUGGUGUCCAGCAUGGUGUGACAGAGGCGCCUAGCCAGUCGCCACAGGGCUCCCCACAGGGCUCCCCAGCCAAGCGUGCCAGACAUCAAUCCUCGGACACGUCCUCGAGCGAGCAGCCGAGCAAUGCCCCAAUCAACAUUGCUCCUAAUCCAGAGGGUGUUCGCCGAAUGGAGCAAGACCGCCAGAAUGUCCAGCCCUCUUCCCACGUACUCCCUAAGCCCCGGGCUCCAGGCCGUGGACGGCGCGACCCCCGAGCAGAGUAUGAAGACGCAUUUGUCGAAGAUCUGCGAGACAAAAAGAAGGCCUGGAAGGUCGUGCGUCUGGAAUUCGAGGAGAAGUUCCAGAAAGAAGCCUCCGAGUCACGCCUGCAGAUGCGUCUUCAUCGCCGCUACCGCGAGCGAAAGGUGCGCUGGGCGACUUCCGAUAUCGAACUUUUGCUCGACGCCCAUAGGAACUGGGCAAAUGACAAAUUUCAGUAUCUUUCAGACAAGAUGAAAGAGCUUGGUGGUACUAGGUGGUAUUCAGCUGAUCAGUGCAGAAAUCAACUUCGACUUAUAGAGGCGAAAGAACAGCAUGAUCGCGGGAGUGAAUCGCCCUCUGUUAUGUCUGAACCUACUCCUGUGACACCCGCACCUGUGGCACCUGCACCUACUGUGUCUCGGAAACGACGUCGGGCUUCAGACUCUUAG